AUGGGAAAGGUUCAUCUGGAGGACAACGAUACCAAAGAAAAGAAAACUGAAUUUAGCUUGGUACGGGUCAAAGGUACAUGGAGGAGCACAAUGGGAAAGAAAGACAAUAAGGACACCGCUGACUGUGUCUCUGCUGCAAAACUCUAUGAGAGCAUCACAGAAAAGUGCACCACUUGGACAGUGGUCAGCCCCAUCGUCUUUACUUACAAGGUAACCGAGACUCAGGACUUGCUGGACCCAAGCAACGACACCCUCCUGUUGGGCCACAUCUCUGAGCCGCAAGAGCUGGAGGACAUUAAAAAAUCAAACAAACCAAUCAAACGCUUUGUGGUUGUUGACCAAGAAGUCUACAAAAUUUACGGUCCCAAGCUAACUGAAUAUUUAGAUGCAUACAAUGUCCUAUACAAGAUCUUGGCUCUACCCACCAGUGAGGAGAACAAAUCCAUGGAAAUGGCCUUAAAGAUCCUUGAAGAGGUCAACAGCUUCUCCCUUGACCGCCGUACAGAGCCCAUCAUUGCCAUUGGUGGAGGGGUAUGCCUGGACAUAGUGGGCCUGGCUGCCUCACUCUACAGAAGACGUACCCCUUACAUCAGGGUCCCAACUACACUGCUCUCCUACAUCGAUGCCAGCGUGGGGGCAAAGACAGGGGUUAACUUUGCAAACUGUAAGAAUAAGUUGGGUACCUACAUUCCACCCACUGCUGCCUUCCUUGACCUGUCCUUCAUAAAAACUGUUCCUCGACGGCACAUCGCCAAUGGGCUGGCAGAGAUGUUAAAGAUGGCUUUGAUGAAAGACAAAGGCCUCUUUGAGCUUCUUGAGGAACACGGCUGUAUGCUGUUGGACACUAAAUUCCAGGCUGACAAGAGUGUAUACGGACGCAAGCGCUUGCAGCCUGCUUCACAAGCUACUCAUAUAGCCAUUAUGACCAUGCUGGAGGAGCUUGCUCCAAACCUUUGGGAGGAUGACCUAAACAGACUUGUGGACUUUGGCCACCUUAUCAGUCCAGCAUUAGAGAUGAAAGUUCUCCCAUCUUUGUUGCAUGGCGAGGCAGUGAACAUUGAUAUGUCGUACAUGGUUUACGUGUCCAACGAGAUUGGUCUAUUGACAGAAGAGGAAAAGCAAAGGGUCAUCACCUGCAUGGUGGGCAUGGAGCUGCCUGUCUGGCAUGAGGGGUGUACCAUGGAGCUCAUACAGAAGUCUCUGCAGGACAGGCUGGCUCAUUCUGGAGGCCUGGUCAGAAUGCCUCUCCCUGUUGGUCUUGGGCAAGCAGAAAUUUUUAACAACACAUCUUGUGAGAUCCUGCAUAGAGCUUACGAAAAAUGGUGUGAUGAGCUGAGCAUCUCUCCUGACAGCAGCUGUGACCCUUAACCUCCCCAUACCACAACUGCAUCAGUUCGAUAUGUUUUUAGAAGAAUACGUUUACAUUAUUGUUCAAAGGACAAAUGCGGGGUAACUAUUAGCACUUGUAUAUGCUACAUGUUCUGCAGGCUUCAUUCAUGCUCAUUUCAAAUGGUGCAAAUGGUGACAAUACCAAAUGUUGUCUGCAUUGUCAAUUAAUUUUAAU